AUGGUGCGUCAGUUCUACGAAGGGAUGAUAGCGCGCGUCACAGACAACGGGGCCGUCUCUGAAGCAUUCGCAACAACCAACGAAAUGAAACGGGUCUAUGUACUCGUCCCUACUCUCUUCAGCCUCGUGUUUUCUGCCAUGCUGAUGGACGCCUACCGUGAUGAGAGCCCCGUGAUCCACACUGUCUAUAGGACCAACGGGCAUCUUUUCAACAGCCGGCGCAGGCGGCCCUCAAGGCGUCUCUACACGACCCCAGUUCACGACCUGCUAUUUGUGGAUGACUGCGAGCGAGACAUCGUUUCAGAAUGUGACAUGCAAAUUGGCAUAUACCUCUUCGAUCCCGCGUAUGUCAACUUCGGACUGGCCAUAAACACCGACAAAACGUUUAUCACGCACCAACCGUUACCCAAUGCUGCAUACAAUGAUCCUCACAUUCACGUCGAGAGCACCGAAUUGAAGACUCUGCACAGCUUUGCCUACUUAGGCACCACACUUUUUCGUUGCAUCAAAGUCGAGGACGAAGUGACUCGUCGAAUCUCGAAAGCCAACCAAUCCUUCUGCCGGCUACCGAACCACGUAUGGAAUCGCCACGCUCUCCACCUCCACACCAAACUGAAAGUGUAUGAAGCUAUCAUCCUGUUGAAACUACUGUUUCAUGCGGAGACCUGA